AGACGUACCAUCUCAGCUCAGUCCUCACUCCUCACUGCACAAACACGUACCACGCGAUCUGAAAAGAAAAAAUCGCCAGAACUGAACAUGUCGUCGGAGAAACAGGAGACGACGGCGGCGGUGCGCGUGCUGGGCAGAUGGCCGAGCCCGUUCGUGAUCCGGGUGCUGAUAGCCCUUGGGCUCAAGGGCGUCGACCACGAGCUCGUGGAGGAGGCGAUGGGCAACAAGAGCGAGCUGCUGCUCGCCUCCAACCCGGUGCACAAGAUGAUCCCCGUGCUCCUGCACCACGGCAGGCCCGUCUCCGAGUCCCUCAUCAUCGUCCAGUACGUCGACGAGGCCUGGUCCUCCCAUGCCCCGGCGCUCCUCCCGUCCGACCCCUACGCCCGGGCGGCCGAGCGGUUCUGGGCCCAGUACGUCGACGACAAGUUUCCUACGGCGAUCAGGGUGCUGAGGGGAAGGCUGGGCGGAGACAAGGACGAAGCGGCGGUCCAGGUUCGCGCUGCUCUGCAGCGCCUGGAAGUCGCCUUGGUCGAGUGCGGCGGAGGGAAGGAUUACUUCGGCGGCGACGGCGUCGGUUACCUGGACAUUGCUCUGGGGUCGCACCUCGGUUGGAUCAGGGCCGUGGAGAGGAUCGCUGAACACAGGCUUCUCGACGAGGCCAAGGUUCCUAAGCUGGCCGCGUGGGCGGAUCGGUUCUGCGCCCACCCGGCGGUGGCGGGCGCGAUGCCUGGCGUGGAAAGGUUCGUGGAGUUCAGCGUCAAGAAUGACGGCGUUCUGAAGGCGGCUAGUGCUAAUUCCAAGUGAACGAACUGUCGUGGACACUUGACAGUGCUCGAUGGCGUAGCAAGAAUAAGUAGCCUGCUGGCUGUUGGUGUAAACCCCUCCUUUUUUUAUGAAGAAAACGAGCUCUUGAUGCAA